UGGUUCCGCCUACAUGCGCAAUGUCAUAUCUUUGUUGUAUCAUGGUGUGGUACAUAUUUUAAAAAUUUAUUUUAAUGUCCUGUUAUUUGGUUUUUGCAAUUUUAAAAUUCAAUCAUUUCUCUGUGGCGAUCGAUAGCGAAACCGGCCGUUUCUGGCGACGGUGGCGCCGCCGCUGUUGACAGCCGCCGAAAAUUGUUUUGGGCCGCUCCUCCCGACUUAACCUUUUUUUUUUCCGCAAAUUUUCACGCAAAUCCGCCUCCCCGCCGACCGGAAUGCGCGCCCAAAACAGUUUUUAAGCCGGCGCCCGACGAUGAUCUUUUUCAAGCCCGCGUGGAUCAACCACGAAGACAACAAACCGAUCUUUUCGGUCGACGUGCACCCGAAAGGCAACAGAUUCGCGACCGGCGGCCAGGGAGGCUCAGGAGGGAGGAUAGUGAUAUGGAACGUGAACCCGGUGGUCGACGAGGCGGCCGAGUCCGACCCGAAAGUGCCAAAGAUGCUUUGCCAGAUGGACAACCAUCUGGCGUGCGUGAACGUGGUGCGGUGGAGCCACGGGGGGCACUACCUCGCCUCCGGUAGCGACGACAAACUCGUGAUGAUCUGGAGGCUGACGAACGAGGGCAGCUCGUCUAUAUUCGGCAGCGGCAAGGUGAACGUCGAGACGUGGAAGUGCGUGCACACGCUCAACUCGCACACGGGCGACGUGCUCGACCUCGCGUGGGCCCCGCACGACGGCUGGCUCGCCUCCGGCAGCGUCGACAACACCGUCAUCGUGUGGAACUCUCACAACUUCCCCGAGAAGGUCGCCAUGUUGAAAAACCACACGGGCAUGGUCAAGGGAGUGACGUGGGACCCCGUCGGUAAAUACCUCGCCAGUCAGUCGGAUGACAAGUCCCUCCGGAUAUGGAGGACGUCCGAUUGGACGCAGCAGGAGACGGUCACCGAUCCUUUCCAGGAGUGCUCCGCCACCACCCACGUUCUGAGGUGCUCGUGGUCGCCCGACGGGCAGUAUUUGGUGUCGGCCCACGCGAUGAACGGCGGGGGCCCCACCGCCCAAAUCAUCGAACGGGAGGGCUGGAAACAGGACAAGGACUUUGUGGGGCACCGGAAGGCGGUCACCUGCGUCCGCUUCAACUCGAACAUUUUCAAAAAAUCGUCGCCCGACAGCCCCAAAAAGGCGACCCAGUAUUGCUGUUGCGCGAUCGGAUCCCGCGAUCGCUCGAUCAGCGUGUGGCUGACGUCCCUGAAACGGCCCCUGGUGGUCAUCAAGGACCUGUUCGACGACAGCGUGCUCGACAUAUCGUGGAGCAGCGGCGGCCUGUUCCUGCUCGCGUGCUCGUGGGACGGCACCGUCGCCUGCGUCACCUUCGACGCGAACGAGAUCGGCGCCGCCCUCACGCUAGACGAAAAGAACGCCCUCUACGAGCGCGUGUACCACAAGUCCCUGCAGGGCGGCUGGGGCGUCAACUUUGGCGGCACCCAGAUCGUCGAGGACCCCGAACUUUUGUCCGCCAUCGAGGAAAUGAACGUCAAGUCGGCGCCGGCGACGCCCGAGGUCGUCGAACCGCCCCGCGCCCCCGACGACGCCUCCAAUCCCAACCAGAACGUCCUGGUGCCGGUCAACAAGCAGGUGGAGACGCGGUUGCCGUCCGGGAAGCGCCGCAUCACUCCCAUGCUGCUGACGACCGCCCCGACCGCCACGUCCGACGUCGACCCCAACGCGUUGCAGGUCAGCGCGGACUCGACGACCUUCAGCAAAUCGUCACCGACGAAAUCGCAGAUCGUGAUCGAGAAGAGGACGGAGCCAGAGUGUCCGAAAAAGUCGUCUCCGCGCGCGACCACCCAGACGGACCACGUGGUCAGCAGGCCGCCCAGCUCGGAGAUAACGCAGCUGAUGUGCUCGGAGGUGCCGGGCGACGAGCCGGUCACCAAUCUAAUCGGAGUCCUCGACCCUACCAAGCUGCCGGUGGGCGUGGCCGUCACGAAACAGGCCGGCGCGUUCAAAAUUCAGGUGACCAACGGCUGCCACAAGAUGGCGGGCGGCGCGUCCUUGUCGAAGAUAGAGGUGGGCGGACCCGCCGAGCCCGCGUGGGAUACCUAUCUGGGCUCUCCGGUGCGAAUAAUCGGGUCCAAUCGGACGACGAUAGUCGCGUGCUGCGAGGACCUCACCCUCAACUGUUACGACCUCGCGACGGGGGCCCGCCCCCUGCCCCCUCUCCUCGUCGAGGACUUGGUCUCCGCCCUCAGCCUGUCCGAUUCCGGGCUGCUGCUCGUAUUAACGAAAACCGGGCUGUUGCACAUGUGGGACCUGCGAAAGGGGCGGAGCGUCCUGAGCCGCGCGUCCGUACGCAGCUUGCUCGCCGGCAAAGUUUCAGUGAAAAGCUGUUUUUUAACCGCGUCGGACCAGCCCAUCGUGACCCUGAGCGACGGACGCGCCUACUCUUACUCCAUGGACCUGCAGACCUGGGUGCAGCUGUCCAACCCCCUCGACCCGGUCAUAAGGUCGGGGAGCGCGAUGGUGCGCAAGGUGCCCGGCAAUCUUCCCCUCGCGUCGCUCCAGCGGAUGAUGCCGUCGUACCGUCCCGCCGACUCCGCCCUCCCGUCGGGAGUGACCCUCAGCUUCCUCGAGUCUCAGAUCGCCGCCACCGGCAUACUGAAGUCGGUGAUCGAGUACAAGCACUGGCUACUUGCCACCGUCAACCAUCUGCUCGAUCGGGGACCGGAGUGCCGGUUGCGGCUCAUCCUGGACGAUUUGAUGGGCCCCGCCCACGGCCGCGCGAAGAAGAGGCGGUUGGAGGCGGACGUGAUGGGGAUCCCAAGGCGGGGCCUACUCAAGGAGAUCCUCGCCGUGAUCAAGACGAAACUGCCGUGGCAAAGGCUGUACCGCGAGUACAGCGAACAGCUCAAAGAACUGUGAUCGCGUUCUCUGCCAUAUUAGCGCUAGGCGACACUUUGUACAUUUUUUUUUUAAUUUUCUACACGCCCCGCGCGGGCGACCACUUGCGAUUGUACCCAUUUUUGGUAAUAAAAACUCAAUUCGUA